GGGGGGAUGACGUAAUCACUCCAUAACUACUAAAGUCCACCUUAUCACCCUUAACGUGGGUCAGUGAGGAUUGUAGAUCAAGACUGUACAGUGAAUCAGGAUGAAACAGACAGAUAUCGACUUGUACUACAAGACAGUCAUGGAAGCAGUAGAAUUAGCUUCCAAGAUUGUACUAGAAGGAUUUCAAGGAACAAAAAACGUAAAAACUAAAACAGCUUCUUGGGAUUUAGUCACAGAAUAUGAUCGUAAAACGGAAGAAUUAUUAAUUAAAACCUUAUCUAAGGCUUUUCCAGACCAUAAAUUUAUUGGUGAAGAAACAGCAUCCAAAACCAAACUCACAGAUGAACCAACAUGGAUAAUUGAUCCAAUAGAUGGAACUACAAAUUUUGUACAUGGUAUACCAUACUGUUGUAUUGCAAUAGGGCUCGCUAUCAGCCGUGAAAUUGUGAUUGGUAUUGUAUGCAAUCCUGCCUUAAAUCAAACAUUUACAGCCAUAAGAGGACGUGGAGCUUUCCUAAAUGGUCAACCCAUACACGUAUCAAAUGCAGAAGAGUUGAAGAAUGCAGUUCUAGCAUUCGAAUUUUCCUUAGCAGCACGACCUGAAGUACAAGAAGUUUUUAUUAACCGAUACAGAGCUCUUGUGACCAAAGCUCAAGGUAUGAGGUCAUUUGGAUGUGCACAGAUGCAACUUUGCCAAGUAGCAUCAGGAUUACUAGAUGCCUACUAUGUUGAAUUUCUGGCACCAUGGGAUGUAGCAGCUGGGUCUCUAAUAGUUACAGAAGCUGGAGGAACUGUUAUAGACACUGAUGGUGGUAAAUUUGACUGUGUGAAAUCACGUUUAGUUGCAACUGGUACAAAGAAACUGGCAGAAGAAAUAGUGGAAAUAUUACGUACUGUAAGCUAAAAGAAGUACCCUUAUUCAUUCAUCACACCCAUAGUAGCUUAAAAGAUGUAUUUAAUUUAAAAAUAAAAAGAGGUAUAAAUAUAAUUAUUUUUAAGCCAUUGAAUUUGUACAUAAACAUAUUGUUUAUAAACAUCAAACAGUAUUAUUUCUUUUUGGAAAAAAAUAAAUAUAACUUUGAUAACAA